UAGUGCAGAUCCACAGAACAACGAUACGUUUCGUGGUUUCUCGUCGUUUACCAGAUUUGUUUAUGUUUACAUCUCAUGCCGCUGUGUGAAUGAACACCAUGGAGAGGACCACUGAAAAGCCCAACCUUUGCCAUGAGACAAACGCCAUUAAUGGAUGAAUAAACCAAUAAAUACAGUAUUAAUCACAUGAAUCUGUGUCACCGGUGGGAUUAUUAAGGUGAAAAUGGCAGCUGUGAGUCUGACGGAUCCGCUUUGCAAACCUUGUUAUUACAGUCCACAUUUUAAAGUUGAAGUGUGCGCGAGGAAGCCCUUGAUGCCCAUCCACCUGAGCAGUGAGCAGGUGGCACUGGAGAUGCUGUGUCUCUGCAGCCAGUUGGACUUACUGAUCAGAGCUCAGGUCCAUCAGCAGUUUCAGGAGCAGCUUAAACAGGACACAAGUCCUGAAGAGUUUGAGUGUUUUCAAAAACAAGGGGCUGAGAUAAUAUAUCAGAUGAACCAGUGCCUUGAACAUCCCAAUGAACCGGUGCUUCAGCUUGAGGAGUAUUUGGAAGUUGUAGGAUUAUCCACUCUAUUCCCUCGAGUUGAAGUUUAUAUGAUACAUGGCAGCCCUAUUGACAUGUUGGAAAGACCACCUUCAGAUGCUUAUUUUCCUCAUAUUGGGAGGCUGAAUCAGCUGCUGGUUCUCAGUCAGCAGUUAGAUGAAGAUGUGAAACAUCUGGGCAGUCAUAAGUACAUCGCACAUCAGCUAUCAGCAAUUCAUCAAGUCCUAAACUCUCUCAAAGAUAUUUUGCCAUUUUCCAUCAUAAAAAAGGAUAUUGAGGCCAAUUUCAAGCUGCUGAAGAUGUCUCUUUCGAAAGAGGAAGGGUCGAAGCUGGAUCCUCAGUUGCCAGCACGUCACAUGAGCUGGGUGUCAGAGUCAACACAAAAUGUGAUAUCAACGGUACUGUCACUCUCAGAAGAGCUCACCGAAGACCUCAAUCCAGUCAUGGAAUUUGUCUCUAACCUCUCCUAACAGUUGGAUCUACAGUGCCUGUAGUGAAGGGUGAGAAAUAGUCACCGAAUGAAGUGGUUCUCCUGAAAAAAUAUUUAUAGAGAUUUGUUUUGUGUUAAUCGAUUUAUUCAUCUGUAUAGACCACAGGAAAGACUGUGAUAAUGUGAUCCAGAUAUAUAAGACUUUGAAAAAUGAAAAGGAAAAUGUGUAUUCUGAGUACU